GCCAUGGACUGGCCUCGGGCUACUGAAGGACAAGGGUGUGGAGGCUGCCCGAGCUCGGAGCCAAGCCUGGCCCGUGGCAUUGGCACACAGCUGCACUCCUGGCUAUAUAAACACAGCCCUCCAGCUGGGACUGUCCCCUCAGGGCUGCCCUCGCCAUGGCUCGCUGGCACAUCCUGGCCUUGGCCCUGUGCUCCUACCUCGGGGUAGCCUGGGCUGCCACCCUGGGUGUGGUGCUCACCGAGGGAGGAUUUGUGGAAGGUGAGAAUAAGAAACUGGGAAUCCUUGGAGGCUACAUCGACAUCUUCAGAGGGAUUCCCUUUGCUGCUCCUCCAAAGAGACUGGAAGACCCCCAACCUCAUCCUGGCUGGGAUGGAACUCUGAAGGCAAAAGAAUUCAAGAAGCGCUGCAUGCAGGUGAAGCUGACACAGACUGAUAUCCGUGGGAGCGAGGACUGUCUCUACCUGAACAUCUGGGUCCCUCAGGGGAGGAGACAGAUCUCUACCAAACUGCCUGUGAUGGUUUAUAUCUACGGCGGCGCCUUCCUGUUGGGAGGCAGCCAGGGAGCCAAUUUCCUGGACAACUACCUGUACGAUGGGGAGGAGAUCGCCGUGCGGGGCAACGUCAUCGUGGUGACCGUCAACUACCGCCUGGGGCCGCUGGGCUUCCUGAGCACCGGCGACGAAAACCUGCCAGGGAACUACGGGCUCAAGGACCAGCACAUGGCCAUUGCCUGGGUGAAGAGGAACAUCAAGGCCUUUGGGGGUGACCCAGACAACAUCACCAUCUUUGGGGAAUCGGCCGGUGCCGCCAGUGUCUCCCUGCAGACGCUGUCCCCAAAGAACAAGGGUCUGUUCAAGAGAGCCAUCAGCCAGAGUGGUGUCGGGGUCUGCAGCUGGGCCAUCCAGAGGGACCCACUCGUCUGGGCCAAAAAGCUUGGAGAAAAGGUGGGCUGCUCCACAGACAACACCACCAUCUUGGCCAGCUGCCUGCGCAGCUCUGAUCCCAAAACCUUGACUCUGGCCUACCACCUGCAGCUCAUCAACCUGCCCAUGCCCCUGGUGCACACCCUGGCCUUCGCUCCCGUUGUUGAUGGGGAUUUCCUCCCAGACGUGCCAGAGAAGCUCUUUGCCAACGCUGCCGACAUCGACUAUGUGGCCGGGGUCAAUAACAUGGACGGGCACUUCUUUGCCGGCGUGGAUUUACCGGCCAUCAACCGCCCGCUGGUGAAAGUCACCGCCGCCCAGGUCUAUGAUUUGAUCAAAGGCCUGACCGUGGACAGGGGCGAGGCUGGAGCCAACGCCACCUUCAACAUCUACACACAGAGCUGGGGUGACAAACCCCAGCAGGAGGUGGUGAAGAAGACAGUGGUGGAGCUGAUGACCGACUACAUCUUCCUGAUUCCCACGCAGCUGGCACUGGACCUGCACCUGCAGAAUGCCAAGAGUGGCAAGACCUACAGCUACGUGUUCUCCCAGCCGUCCCGCAUGCCCGUGUACCCCAGCUGGGUCGGGGCAGACCAUGCUGAUGACCUGCAGUAUGUGUUUGGGAAGCCUUUUGCCACCCCCUUGGGCUACCGGCCCAAGGACAGGACCGUCUCCAAGGCCAUGAUUGCUUACUGGACCAAUUUUGCCAGGACCGGUGAUCCCAACAAAGGACAUUCAGAUGUGCCCGUUUCCUGGCCAGCCUACACCAACAAGGGCAAGUACUACCUGGAAAUCAACAACAAGAUGAAGAAGGACUCUGUGAAGCAGGACCUGAGAUCCCGGUUUGUGACCUUCUGGAACUCGGUCUAUCUGAAGCUGCCGCAGGUUGCCGACAUCUCCCAAUCAGAGUUAAUGAUCUGA